AUGGAUCUGGAUGGGGCCCAAUUCCCGUUCAACCGGCGGUACUACUGGGACGCCAUCUCCCAUCGACGAUAUCUGGUCGUGCUCCUCGGCAUCAUCUACAGCUUUUUCCAAGUCCUUGGAAUGACUGGAGCCUGGUACCUCGGCGAGCCGGGCAGUGGGGUGUUGAUCAAUUGGCGGGAUGAAGAGGAAGUACGCCAGGAGGCGCUCGACGACCUGGAGCGGGCCUGGGUGAUGCGCAGCAGGAGCAGCAGCAGUGGCAGGCCGCUGCCGUUCGCCUUCUCGGGCUCGAGGAAAUUGAUUGACUAUGAAAACGAUCCGCUCGGCAAUCCGCUUCUCAUGGUCGUCCCGGUAUUCAUCCGUCGGAAUCUGUACCCGAAGCUCAAGAAGCAGGGCAAAAAGUUGUUGAAGUCAAUAGAGUCUAGAAGCUCCUCGCUGACCCUCAGCCUCUCCCGCUCACUACACAGCGGAAGUAGUGGCAGCCAGUCACAGGAGAGAAGGCCGACGAUGAGCAGCGCCACCGGAACUACGCUCACCCCCACGACGGCUACACCGACGACGUUGACUCGGCACACAACUGCUAUCACUGGUACCAUGGCGCCAACCACCGAUCCGAGUGCAAGCCGAAAAUCUACCAAGUCUCGCCAUUCCAUUACCGAGCCGACGGCGUCCGGUUACCCGUCGCUGCCUCUCGAGGAGACGAUCAGCCCGAUGAUCAGCGAGACCCAAUACGCCACCGAAAUUCAACCAUCGGUGGCUUCAAAUGAGCCAAGCCAACAGACACAUCAGCACCCAGAAGAUGGCCAAUCGAUGUCCGAAGAACGA